AUGGAGAUGAGUAUCGAGGCAUUGAUGGAGGCGCUGGCCGUGCUCCAGCAGGCGACUGCGCUCGACUUCUCCGGCAACGUCGAGGGCGCGGUGGAGAUGUACAUCGCCGCCGUCACGCGUCUCGACGCUGUCGUCGAAGUCCUGCCGGCCGAUCUGGCGGAGACGGUAAAGCGGAACACGGAGGCGAUACGACGCAAAAUCGACAUGCUGCGCCGGUCGCGCUGGACGCGCGAACAGACCACCUUCUUCCCCUCCUUCACGACCCAGUUCGUCCCCGUCCCAAUCCCCAUUGAGGACUACCGCGUGCCGCGCUCGCCCUUCUCGCGCGUGUUCUGGCUGAUGCGGCUGCUGAAGCGCUCCAUCCACCAAGGCGCCUUCUUCACACCUAGCCUGUAUGUCUCGCGGGAAGUGUGGAUGCAGGACGGCUGCGGCGCCUCUCUGCGAUUUGUAGGUGCCAAGAUCAAGUACAUGUCCGCACUCUGCACCGCGAUGGACCCGCUGCGGUCGAUGACGACUCUCGGCGAUAUUGAGAAGACAGAAAUGCACCUGCGUAAGUUCGUCGAUGUCGAACGCGAACUCCGCAGCACCCUCGACAGCGAGAUUGGUCGGGUGAAGGAUGCGAAGCCGCAGAAGAAGACUGUGUGGGGUGCGCUGGCCAAGAAGGCCAAGUUGUGGACGCACCAGGAGUCGAACUAUGACGUAUGCCUGACUUGGGCGUCAAGUGCGCUGGAGCAGGGGCAGCUGUUCGAACGGUGGCACAUCUACUUUGCACAGGCGGUCAAAGGCGUGUCGCCGGCGCCGCCGGGCAUCCAGGUCAUUCUGGAUCUCCUGCAGCACAUUGGCGUCCAGCUGUACUCCGGCCUCUGCGUAUUUCUUCUGCAUGACAUGACGAUACUGGUCGAACGCUAUCAGUCCAAGUGCCAGAAGAGCGCCACUCACCUUCUCCCUGUUGAGCCGAAGCUGGAGAGCGGGGGCGCGAGUAUCUGA